AUGGAAAAUGACAUAUUACAUAAUAAGUUUAUGAAACAUAUCCAAGCAUUGACUUUAUGUUAUGAUCAAAAAGCAAAACGAAGAGUUGGAGCACCUUCCUAUCAUGAACAAAUACCAGAACUUGUACAAGCAGCACAAAAUGUGCUUGAAUUGAAUGCUAUUGGUGCAGAUAACCAUCGUCGAACAGAUGAAGUUCGUUACAAUGGGCUUAGUACUAAAGAAUUGAAAGCAGCAAUCAUUAAUCACUUAAAAGAUCAAUAUCCUCAAAUUAAAAAUAUAUCAGAGUCAACGAUAAGACAUCUUAUGUUACCACCAUGUUCCAAUAGAAAAGCAGCUAUUUAUUAUAAAUCUAAAAUAAUUGGUAAAGUUGUCUCAAAAAGAAAUUCGAGACCAUCAUCAAUUAACAAUGAUUCACAUUUUGCAAGUGCACAGAUAAGACUACGCUAA